CUAAUCUACAAACAUGCAGACCAGCCGUUCCUCUUCUGAACCCACCUUAAACACUCUUGCUGAAAUGAUUCAGAAAUUGCAAGACAGCUGCAUUUAUGGAUUUAUUGACACACGCAGGGAUUUUACCAGCGAAAUCAAGGAUUUAAAGGAUAAAAUAAACUUUUUGACUCAAGAAAAUGCUGCUUUAAAAGCAGAACUAACUGAGCUUCGAAAGGUAAUAGGAACUACGUCUACCACUACUCCUGCCGCUCAAAAUACCACUACUACUGCAACUACUACUACAACUAUUGCUACAACGAAAACAGGUCUUUUUGCUGACAACCUAUUUCCUGAACGAAACAUACCUAUACCCAAAGUGUCAGAUACUCGCUCUGAUCGAAAGGAACGUUCUAUCCAAUUCAAUUGGAAGCAUUAUAGAUGGCUCAUUAACCAAGUACGUGGACCUGAUGUCGAAGAAAUCGACGAUAGAACAUUUGAAGUCUGUAGAAUGAAUGUGUCGUCAAAGAUUGUGAAGGCUGCUGUUGAUAGUACCAAGAGGGCUUUUAACCUUGACGACGAUCUUUCUUGGGGAAGUAUUCCUGGUGAUGCUCAGAUCUCUGCCAUAGAAAAGCUGGAAGAUAUGGCAGCGCCCUUCAUCCCUCUUCGUGCCUGCGCUGGCUAUUGGGGAGCCAAUAUAUUACUUAGCUACUACUGGACGACCAGGAGAAGGACAGAAAAGAAGAAAGCAAAUAUAAGCAACCAAGGUAACUAUUAAUAAUCCUUUACUUUUGAGCGUUAACCCACACUUUUAUGAA